CAGAGGUGCAAGCUGAAGUACAGGAAAACACAAGCUGGUUGCUGCAGCUGAAGAGAUGGGCAAUGAAUCUGCUACAGCUGCUGUUAAUACAACAUGUUUGUUCGAUGAGGAGUUCCUGGUAACGGUGAUGCCUCCAGCACUUGCAAUCUUCUUCAUUUUAGCUGCAAGCUUCAAUAGUUUCUCUCUGUGGAUCUUGUGCUUUCGUAUAAAACAAAAGACUCCCAUUGAUUUUUUGAUGCUCAAUCUGUGCAUGGGUGAUCUGCUAUUUUCACUCACCUAUCCCCUUUUGAUCACUUACUACAGUAAUGACAACCAUUGGGUAUUUGGAAACUUUAUGUGCAAACUCCAAGCAUUCUCCAUCUCUUCCAGUGCUUUGGCAAGUGUCUUUUUCCUGGCGUGCAUCAGCAGCUACCGGUGUUACAUGAUCAUCAAACCUAUGCAGUCUCAAAAGAGAAUUACCAAGAAAUGUACCAUCAUCCUCAGUGUGAUAAUCUGGUUGCUAACUUGUGGUGUCAUAAGUCCAACUUUUUUUAUAAUCAGCAUUUUUGAACUGAACGGAAAAUUGCACUGCAUGAGCUUUAAUGAAGAAAGUAUAACAGCCAAUUUAUUACCAUCAACCAUUAUACUCUUUGUUUUGGGUUUUAUGAUUCCAUUUGGAUCUCAGCUAGUGUCAACAAUGUUAAUCCGAAGGGAGUUGGCCAAUUCUAAACUUACAUCUCAAUCACAACAAAGGGGCCAGCAUGCUAUCAGGAUGAUGGAAGUGGUUUUAUUUAUCUUCCUUUUCUGUUUUUUCCCUCCAGUUAUGACACGUUUUUUGAUUGCUACUGUGGAUCGCAACAACUGCUCACUCUUCCAAAAACUUGGCAUUGCUUACUACUCAAGCCUUCUCUGCCUUUAUCUCAAUGGUGUUCUGAAUCCAAUUGUCUAUUACUACGCUGGCACGAAAUAUAGAUCAAAGUUCAAUGAAAUCAUGAAAACCUGGAAAUAUUUUAGUAAGCCUAUGCCAGUCAGUAGCAACCAGAGUGUAAAUGAAACAAAGCAGUGAUACAUGUCUGUUAGCAACAAUGAAUGUUGAACGCUGGGAUGACAACUUAUCCCAGUAAACUUUGCAGCAGCAUCAAGAUUGACUCACUUUUGACUUCUCUGUUAUAACAGAAGUGAGUCAUAUGUGUUAAGAGUGCAUUGAACUUCUACAUCUGCAUGCCCAUCCAAUCGAUAAAUGUUACUUUGAAUAAUCAUUGUUCUUUACUCAAACUGCAAAAGUUUAUGACUGCCCUAUGUAAUAAAUUCUGCGUCAGACAUCCUUCCAGUCUUUUUAGUAUUACCAAUUUCUACAUCAGCCGUUUCCUCAUCCUUUAUAACUGUGGUUUCUCUUUAUUGCUGCAACAUUUGGUCAUUCAGUAGUGUAAUCCAAGGCUUGUAACACAGCUUCUUGGCUGGUCUGGAUUAUGUAAUCCUUUACAUGCAUUUCUUCCAUUUUCCAGAAGACAGAUUGAUGCAAACCGACGACAUUCAGUGGUCUUUGCUGUGAAUACCACUUGCCAGACCAACAUUUAAUAUCAAUCUAUAACUGAAGGUGGAAGUCAGAAGCAUUCUUGAACUACUACAGUCCUUGAAUGUAGGGGUACUUACAUUUCUGUUAGGAAGUGAGCUCCAAGAUCCAGCAAAAGUAGAGUAUUGAUAAAGUUCCAAGUCAGGAUGGUGUGUGGCUAGGAGGGCAACGUACAAGUGAUGGUGUUCCCAUUGAUCUGCUGCCCUUGUCCUUCUAGGUGAUAGAGGCCACAGGAGUGGAAGCUGCUGUCAAAAGGAGGUUUGGUGAGUUGCUGCAAUGCAUCUUGUACACACUGCUGUCUGUGGGUCAUUGGUGGAAGGAGUGAAUGUUUAAGAUGCUGGAGUUGACACCAUGGAUGGGGCGGUGCGGAAAAAUUAAUCAACUACCACUUAAGAUAUUUUACUUAAAAAUCAUGUUUCCAGAAACACUAUUGCAUUAGAAACUACCAAAAAAAAAUUGCCAAGCCAUGAAAGGAAAUACUAUGGCAAACAGGCAAAGAUUUGGUAAAAAGAUUAGAUCUAAAGGAGCAUCUUAAAGGAGAAAGGAGAUGUGGAGAGGUUUAGGAACAAGAUUUUAGAGCUUGAAGCUUUGACAGCUGAAGGCAUGUGAAGGAAGGUGACGAAGGAUGUUGUAUGAGGGUGGAGAAAAUUAUAGGAAUAGGGUGGAGCCAAACCUGAGGCAUUUCCAACAACUCAAAAUCUUAAAAUUGAAAGCCUCAAGUAAGUUGUUAAAAAGGACAGCAGUAUAUUAAAUGAACUGAAGUUUCUGGAGUGCGUCCAAAUAAUCAAGUCCAGAGUUUAAAAAAGGGAUGGGUGAGGGUUUCAGCGACAGAUAAGCUUUAGAGGGGGCAGCGGGUCGAUGGUACGGAGGGGCAAAAAGGGGCAAUCUUUGAGAUAACAUAGAUAUAGGCUCGGGACCUUAUUUGGAAGAUCAUGAACAGAUUGGCUCAGACUUGAGUAAAAGGGAGAGGAAAAGUCACCAUUGUCCCAGAUGACUACAGAGAGAAUUGAUAAUAGUGUAUUCCAAAGGUUGUAACACAACUCCCAUCACGGAGAGAGGGAGAGGGAGAGGGAGAGGGAGAGGGAGAAAAAACUGGUGGUGGUUUAACAUUAGUCAUCACAUCUCAAGUAAGGGAAGAUGUUGAGUAGGUGAGUCCUUCAUUGUAACCUCAGAUGGUGAGGACCUGAACCUAUGUUGUUGGCAUCGCACUGCAUCGCUGUCCCGCCAACUGAGCGAAAUAAUUUGUGCUCAGGGACAGGAAGAGAGUUAGUGGCAAAGGAAUAGUUUGUGGUGAGGAUCAAAGGCAACAGCUUAUGCCUUUCAAUUGAAGGGAAAUAGUUUCUGAAUACUGGACAAGCCAUCUAACAAUUUAAGAGAUAGUUGACAGGUGCUGAAAGACAGUGGUGAAGUAGAGCUGGGUUCUGCCAAUAAUAAUAUGAAAAGCAGUGUUUUAUUUAGAACCUCACUGACCUUUCAUUUUUUUUAAUGUUAUCAAUGUUGAUUUGGAGCUGUGGGCUAAAAUUACAUUUGGGUUUUGGGACUAACCCUACCCCUAUCACAGGAAAAGGCCAAACAAGAUUUGUUUGUAAGGCUAAGCCUGCAAGUUAAUUGCAGGUUGACUCUUGGUUAAAAAUGUUCUUACAGACGCAACCACUCCAGGAUUAGCAUUGUGUCUAAAUAGAUAGCAGAAGUUGACUACUAACAGACAGUACCUAGGGAUUGGUUCUGGCAAGUCUGGCAGAAACCCUAUCUUCAAACAUCAGGUAAAUGUUAAAUGGCAAAUGAGGCCUCAGCAAAAGGCGAUCAGGGUGGGGCUACAUUUGAAGUGUUUAACUUCUAUAUUUUUCAAGGAGAAAGGUUUCGCAUCUGAUAGCACAAUAUGAAGACUUUGAAAACUCCCUGCUUAACUCCCAUCACAGGUUUUCAGAAACCUAGAGAGUAGAAAGCUGAGUUAUAAGCAUUACUACCAGGUCUCAAGUGAACUAAAAAGGUGACUCUGAUUGACGUCUUAAGAAACCAAGGAGUCCACAUUUACACCUGUGAAACGAUGCAUCAUGAAAACCAUUUAAGUAAUCUGGCCAGUUAUGUUAUUUUCUUUUACAUAUGCUUUAAGUGUGCUUGUUUGUCUGUUUUUUGUAUGACUGAGUGCUGAAAACAAAUGUUUUGGGUUUACAGCAUAGACAUAAAAUGACUUGUUUAA